AAUAACUAGACCAGUUGCUCGACUGCCUGUGAAUAGGAGGGGGGGACUUGAUCUGCUCACAUUGCUUUGUUACCUAAUGUUUACGUCAGUGUUUUCUGCAGGGUCGAGAUGUGCCUUGCAACAGUGUACUGCACAGAACGUCGGAGGGUUGGACAGAUUACACUGCCUGGACUUUUGAUCCUGUCAUGAUGGCGAGGGAAACUUAACAAGAAAGCAGGAAAAGCAGGCAAAUCAGGAGUUAUGACGUCCACGACUGAAGAUGGCGCCUUCCCAGUCCAUGUCCCGGCAGAUAAACUUACGCUUUACUUGGCAAGAAAGGGAGCACGUGUGCUGAGGGUUACUUUCCAUGACACCUCCUCGUGGUGUCAUGAAAUAACCUGGAUCUGUACACUUAUACCUGACAAAUACUCCCCCUAUAUCAACCAUCACAAAUUCCGACAACAGUUACCUGCGUUGAAGGAGCAGUUUGCAACUCAUGGACGCCUGACCAGCAUACAGAUCGACCAGUGGAUGUUUGUCUUCGGACACGAUACAGAGGAUACAGCCUGGGAGAUGAUGACAGGAUAUGAACAUAUUAAAGAUAUAAUUUUGAAGUUUCUUCAUGAAAUCCAUGCACAAGUGACAGAUAUCGAGAUGGAGUCAGUCAUAAAGAAGGUAGAUGCGUCAGCAGUGAGUAAAGACCAAGAAACGUUGCCCAGAGGGACGACGGAUCAAGACGUUCUGUUCUGCUCCAAACAUGAGGAUGAUGUGGACUCACCACACUUCCAUCCCCAGGAGAGGCAUGGUGACGUCCCACAUGCCCAGGAGGACGAGGACGCCUCUCAUCCAUAUGUCAAGAAGGACGAGGACGCCUCUCACCCAUAUGACCAGAUGGACGAGAACGCUUCUCAUCUCACAACUGGUAGUGUAACGAAAACUGGAAUGAGUGGCAACAGCAGGGCAGAAACAUCCAUUUCAGCCGGGGAAAUUCGUACAAAAGAACUUCAUCAAGAUAACAGAACAGUUAACAGUACGAUUAUCAUCAAUCUCCCCUCUGGAAAAGCUGUUUGUGAAUCAUGCUGGAAGGCCAAACAUGAAAAUAUUCCUCAACCGACCGAUAUUGACAUUGAAACUGUAAAGACUCUACUGAAUGAACUGUUUCCUGAUUCACUGGUACGUGUUCGGUGGGAAUGUAUGGUGUUUUGUUUUGAACAUGAGUCCAUGGAAGAUGCAAUGGGUAUGAUUGUUCAGCAUGCAGACAUCAAGGAGGACAUCCUACACUUCCUGCAGGAGCUGGACCCAUCAAUUGAAGAUAUCGUGAUGGAGGUGGAGGUGCGGGAGUUGAGUGAGUUUGCGGAGCAGGCAGCACAGACAUCAGCCUCGAGUGAUCCGAGUUUGAACCCACUUGUGAAGGGACAAGAUUCUGAUCGACACGGUAGGUGGGGGAACCCAGCAUGUGGUAGAUCGUAUCAUUGUCCAACUUUGUAUGAUAUUUGGUAAGAUCAUCAUGUCAGCCAAGGCUAGGGGGAUUCUACUCCGAAAAUGUCCUAUAAACAGUCUCUGCAAUUUGAUACAUGUUUUAUCCUAUUAAUUUAUCAACAAAUCAACAAUUGCACUAAUAGUAUCAUCAUUUUUUUCAUAAAGAUCAAUUCAACAAGCAGGUGUAAUGACACGCCAGAGAGAUGAACAACAGUCUAUACUUGUGUUGUAUUUUUAUGAGAGUCAUUUAAUCUAUUUGACAAUCACAAAACUAUAUAUUUACACUUUUGCUAUAAUAAACGUAUUUCAAAUCUAGUUCUGUAGUAAACGUUUCAAAAGGCUUCAAAUUUGUGGAAUGGCAAUAACUGGUCUGUGGCCAAUAUAUAUAAUGCUUAUGUGCUAGACCUCUAUAUAUAGUUUUCUAAACAACAUAUUCUGUGUU